AUGUCUGUAGACUCAGACGACGAUAUGCCUCUCGCGAGGACCAACGGCCGUGUCUCCGAUGCCCACAUCUCGAAGUCACUUGAUAAUGCCAUGGACAAGGCUAGCGCAAAGGCAAAGGCUGCGCCUGCUGGAGUCUCUAUUCGUAAUGGCCCGAUUAUCGAAGACGAGAUGGAUGUGGAUACAGCUGCAAAUGGUACAUCGAAGCGCAAAUCGAGAGGGAGCACAUCAAAACCUGUAAAUUACAACGUUCAAGGGUCAGACAGUGAUGAAGAUGCAGUGCCAUUGGCAAAGCGUCAAAAGACCACCAAGAAGGCCGUGGAUUCGGAUUCGGAUGAUGAACCUCUAUCAAAGAAAGCUGUACAUUUGCCACCCAAGGCAACAGCAGCUGCCUUCGGUGAAGAUUCAUCUGAUGACGAUGAACCGCUCACCAACAAACUCGCAAAUAAGAAAGCUGCGAUUGAGAAGAAAGCUGCUAAGGAAGCUCAAGCAAUUCGAGCCAAAGAAAAGAAGUCGGCAAAGAAACCCGCUGUAAAGGACGAAUCCGAUUCUGACGACGUGCCACUAAAAGGAAAGCGUCAGUCAAACGGUGUAUCAGCUGUCAAAAAAGUAAAUGGGACGGCAAAGAAGUCAAAUGGUGUCAAAAAGGAAGAGUCAGAUUCCGAUGCGCCAAUCGCAAAGAAGAAGGCAAAUGGAAAAGCCAAAGCGGAGGCAAGUGCUCCAGCAAAGAAGGGCAAGAAGAAGGAAGCGAGCGAAGAAGUUGAAGAGGUCUACCGCUGGUGGGAUGCUCCCAAGAAAGAGGACGACAGCAUUAAAUGGGAAACACUGGAGCAUAACGGCGUUGUAUUCCCGCCAGAGUAUGAGCCGCUUCCUAAGAACGUCAAAUUGUUAUAUGACGGAAAGCCUGUCACCCUCUCUGUGGAGGCCGAAGAAAUUGCGAGCUUUUUUGGAGCUAUGCUAAAUUCAACGCACAAUGUCGAGAACCCAACCUUCCAGAAGAACUUUUUCAAUGAUUUUACUGAGGAGAUCAAGAAGACUGGGGGUGCCAAAGACCGAGAGGGCAACAAGAUUGCGAUCAAGGAGUUUGCAAAGCUUGACUUUAAGCCCAUUUUCAACUACUACGACGCGAAGAAUCAAGAGAAGAAAGCCAGAUCUACUGCCGAGAAAAAAGCAGACAAAGCUGCUAAGGACGCUCUUGAAGCCCCUUAUACUUUUUGCAUGUGGGAUGGUCGCAAAGAGCAAGUUGGUAAUUUUAGAGUUGAACCUCCAGGGCUUUUCAGAGGUCGCGGGGAACAUCCGAAGACUGGCAAAGUAAAGAAACGUGUCACUCCAGAACAGAUCACCAUCAACAUCGGCGAGAACGCAACUGUCCCAACACCGCCAGAAGGUCAUAAAUGGAAAUCCAUACAGCAUGAUAACAAAGCAACAUGGCUUGCGAUGUGGCAAGAGAACAUUAAUGGUGCAUACAAGUAUGUCAUGCUCGCUGCUAAGAGUUCUAUCAAAGGCCAGAGCGAUUACAAGAAGUUUGAGAAAGCGCGAGAACUGAAGAAGCACAUCGACCGGAUCAGAAAAGACUAUACACGAGAUCUGAAGGCUGAGCUGAUGGCCGACCGACAACGCGCCACAGCUGUGUAUCUCAUCGAUAAGUUCGCUCUUCGUGCUGGAAACGAAAAGGAUGCAGAGAAUGAGGCCGAAACCGUUGGCUGCUGUUCUUUGAAAUAUGAACACGUCACACUAAAACCCCCAAACACUGUCAUUUUCGAUUUCUUGGGUAAGGACAGUAUUCGAUUUUACGACGAGGUCACGGUCGACGAGCAAGUCUUCAAAAAUCUAAAGAUCUUCAAGAAGUCGCCAAAGAAAGACGGCGACGAUAUUUUCGACCGCUUGAAUACCACACAACUCAACAAGCAUCUCACGAAUUAUAUGCCUGGUCUUAGUGCGAAGGUGUUCCGUACCUACAACGCUUCAUACACCAUGUCAACUCUCCUCAAAGAAUUGAAAAAGACCAACCUUUCCAUUCAAGAAAAAGUUAAACUAUACAAUGAUUGUAACCGAAAGGUAGCUAUUCUUUGCAAUCACAAGCGUACUGUGGGCGCUGGUCACGAAGCUCAAAUGGAGAAAAUGGGCGACAAAAUUAAGGGAGCCAAGUAUCAAAAAUGGCGGACGAAGCAAAUGAUGCUUGACAUUGACCCUAAGCAAAAGAAAAAGAAGGGAGCUGAGUACUUUGAGCUGGAUGAAGACUUGGAUCAGGAGUGGAUCCUUGCACAUCAGGCUUUCCUCGUUCAGGAGCAGCGUACCAAAAUCGAGAAGAAGUUCGCCAAAGACAACGAAAAGCUUGUCGCCAAUGGGGAGAAAGAGAUGAAGGCCAAAGAGCUCCAACUAAGAUUGGAAGUCGCUGACGAACUCGAGAAGAAAUUCAAGAAAGAGAACAAAACUAAAAAAGUUGAAGCCGAAGGCAAAGGCCCUACCAUUGAGAAGCUCGAAGCCCAGAUUGAGAAACGAGACGCUCAGAUCUCAAACAUGAUGCUCCAAGCGGAGGACCGAGAAGGCAACAAGGAGGUUGCUCUCGGUACAAGUAAAAUCAACUACAUCGACCCACGCCUUACAGUUGUAUUUUCAAAGAAAUUCGACGUCCCCAUUGAAAAGUUCUUCUCAAAAACGCUCCGAGAAAAAUUUACCUGGGCUAUCGAGUCGAUCGAUGAAGAAGAUGAUUGGGAAUUCUAA